AUGCGUCAGGAGGAUAGCGUCGAGGGCAACGAUACUCGAGUAGGACAAGUCAGAGAGGGAGUCGGAGCUCAACGAGGCACGUUGAAGGCUGACUUACCCGCGUUGCUAAGUGGCCCGGUUGGCCCUCUCGUCCUAGCUGCUGGUCCUACAAUUAUCUACACGAUAUUGUUUUUGGUUCUAUUUUUUAUCCUUCGUCGACGUAUCCCGAGAAUAUACUCCCCCAAGAGCAUCAACCCAUUAUAUAGGUCAUCUCUAUUUGGACUACCAACGGGCUGGAUUUCCUCCUUUCGCGCCCCAGAUUCCUACAUUAUUGCGAGAUGCUCUUUAGACGGGUUUCUGUUUCUGCGAUAUCUAAGAGUUCUAAGUCUUAUCUGCUUCAUUGGUAUUGUCCUCACUUGGCCAGUCAUACUUCCGAUACACGCAAGGGGUUCAGAAUGGCCACUUCUCAAUUCUUUAACCAUACUGAAUCUGAAGAACCAUGACCAGCUUUAUGCUCAUGUAGUCAUAUCAUGGAUCUUUACUGGCUUUGUCCUAUAUAUCGUAUGGCGGGAACACCUUUACUACAUUAACUUACGACAUUUCUACCUGUCAAAAUCAGGCUACUACGAGCGAAGGACAUCCAGAACUAUCCUGAUAACCUCCAUUCCUGAACACUGUCUGAAUGAAAAAGUCUUCCAAAAGCUCUUUGGCCACUCACUGGUUCAAUGUUCGAUACCACAAGCCUUACGGCGAUUGAGAAAACUAGUCAAGAAGAGGGAGAAAAGAGCGCGGCAAUUACAAGAGGAAGAGGUUGUCCUCAUCAACGAAUAUAACCGUGGAAGACCAUCUCGAAUACGGCCGAUUCUACCCAGUCUCAACUGGAUGAGACGAACACGAUCUAGCGAGCCUGAUGUGGAGAAGGUUGGAUUUUUCCAAAGGAGAGCUCCAAAAACAAAAGACGUCGAUAUUCAAGUAUCAAGCCACGAAAGUUCAAACCUAGCUUUUGAGCCGCCCAGCCCCGAACCUGGUAAGAUCAAGUCUACUCGAUCGGAUUUGCAUCUCCUCAACCAACAGAUCGACAAAUUACGCCAGCAAUACCAAGCUGGCCAAGGAAAGCACCUGAAUACAGCAUUUAUCGAAUUUGACUCUUUUGCUAGUGCUCAGGCCGCAUUUCAAUCAAUUCCACAGCAUCAACCACUUCAAAUGUGCCGACAAGUCAUGGGCGUCAAGCCUGGUGAGAUUGUUUGGAGCUCUCUUAGGAUCAAAUGGUGGGAGCGCCUUCUACGAGAAUUCGUGGUAACCAUUGUGAUCGGGGGAUGUGUUAUUGUCUGGAUCAUGCCAAUUACUCUUGUAGUGUCAGUGACAUCUGCACCAAUGGUGGGUAGAGUGGAUGGUGUUUCAGAGCUUCCUCAGCUAGCGGUCAACGCCAUAUCUGGUUUGGGACGAGCCCUUCUACUGUGGAUCUUACUCGAAUUUGUUCCACUUCUCAUGAGGAUAUGUGCCAAGUUCGCAGGGGUCACUACUCUAACUGGCAUCGAACACUUCGUUCACAAAAGAUACUUCAUCUUCCAAACGCUACAAAUCUUUAUAGGUCCAAUGCUCCGAUCGUCGCCCAUUACGUAUUUCAGCGACAUGACUUUCUUGCAGCAACAGGUGCCCGAGGUUUCUAUCCUGUACAUGUCAUAUAUCUUGGUUCGGUGCCUCUCAGCUGGUGCCACUGAGCUCAUUCAGCUAUGGCAGCUGUUUAUCAACAUGGUUCGAAGGGGACGUCCUGGGACACCUCGAACGACUUAUGAGAAGUUUUACGAACUCAAUGUAGUUCAUUGGGGUAGUGUUUAUCCUGUUAUGACAACGAUUGGGGUUAUCGCUAUUACCUAUGCCUGCAUUGCUCCGCUUGUCCUUGUCUUUGCACUGACGGGCCUCGGAUUUGUAUACUUUGUUUAUAAGUAUACCUUGGUUCAUAUAUAUGAUACCGAAACUCUGGACACGACUGGACGGUUUUACCCUCGAGCAAUGAUGCAUAUAAUGCUAGGGUUAUAUUUAGCCCAGGCGUAUUUAACUCUGGUGUUCCUCAGAUAUGGCGCGUGGGUCCAGUUCUCUCUGCUCGUGUUGCUGGCCGUUUUUACUGUUUUCAUUCACCUGUCCCUACGAAAAGCUAUGAAUCCUUGCAUUGAUAACUUUAGCACGCUCGAUCAUGACGGUGCAUCUAAGAGGUUUCAUCAGGGCGAAAAUAUUGCGGCUAGAGGCGUUGACCAAUAUGGAUCAUCUUCAAGCGUUGCGACUUCAACAGAGACUAUGAGGGAUCUUCCGCCAUCAACCUUCAACAAGAGAUUUUGGAGCACUCAACAAAAGGCCAAACACCGUAUGUGUGGAAGCUGGUUCCGAAUAUCGGCUUUUGGGGAUUUUCAGAAUGAAGUGUCACCAAACCAUACCGAGGAUGAGUUCAUGGCCUUGUACGGGUCAAGUUGUUAUCAGCCUCCAGAGACAUGGCUUCCGAAACCAAAACUGUGGCUUCCUGAAGAUGGCGCUAUUGGCAACUGCCUAGAAGUCCUGGAUAUUGAAGAACCUCUGCCAAUAUCGCAUGAUGGAGCACAGUUAGAUGAAAAAGGUCGAGUGAAGUUCGAUCUGGAGCUUGCUCCAUUUCAUGAUGAUCUUUUGUUCUAUCGUCAUCUCCAUUAUAUCUUAUAG